AAAAUAGUUGGUGGUGUGGAAGCAAAACGCAACUCUAUUCCCUGGCAAGUAGCCUUGUUUAAACAUAAUCGUUUUUUUUGCGGUGGCUCUCUGAUAAAUUCUCGUUGGGUCCUAACUGCUGCACACUGUUUGCCUUCGUCAAGUUCACAAGCUAGUAGUUUACAUGUUCGACUAGGUGAGCAUAAUUUAAUUAGUAAUGACGGCUCUGAACAAGUAAUCAGCGUUUCCGCUAUAUAUCGCCACCCGCAAUAUUCUGGAUUAAACAGAGACGUUGGUCUGAUGAAACUAUCUCGUCCAGCUACGAUUAAUAGUAAAGUCUCGACUGUGUGUCUCCCCCAGACAACAGAUAAUUUCCCCUCUGGUACAAGUUGCGUUGUUUCCGGCUGGGGCUCACUUUCAGCGGGCGGUAUUUUGCCAAAUAAGCUACGAAAAGCAGUCAAACCUAUAGUUUCAACUUCUGCAUGUAAUCGACCUCAAUCUUACGGCGGAGCGAUUACACAAUAUAUGAUUUGUGCUGGCUUUCAACAGGGAGGCAUCGAUGCAUGUCAAGGCGAUAGUGGAGGUCCACUAAUGUGUCCGACCCCUAAUGGCAAGCCUAACCAAUGGACUGUUGUAGGAAUUGUCAGUUGGGGAGAAGGAUGUGCUUUUCCAAAUAAAUAUGGUGUUUAUACUCGCGUAACUUCUGUGCUAUCAUGGGUUAACAAAAUAAUUGCCACUAAGUAA